UAGCCCAUUUGUUUAUUAUUUUAAACCGCCAAAAUGGAUGCAAGUGAAAUUGAAUUUUUAAGUGAAGAAGAAAUGGUUAGUAUUAUACCAAGUUUUAAUUGUGGUGUUCUUAAUUUAAUAUCAAGACCAAUUGGACCAUUUCGUGCUGGUUUACCCACUACAGUACCAAUUUGGGUUGCUUUAAUUUUAAAACAGCAGCAAAAAUGUCGAAUACUUGAACAGGAAUGGAUGAAUAUAAAUAACUUAAAAUCAAUUAAAGAAGAUGAAAAGUCCUCUAAUUCGUUUACACAAAUGCCAAGCAAUCACUACAUGGAACAAGCACAAAUACUUCUUGGUUCAUUUAAUGAUGAUAUACCCGAUGCUGAUAAUUUAAGAACGGCAGUAAAGGAUAUAUGGGAUUUAAGAAUGGCAAAAUUAAGAACCUCUGUUCAUACUUUUAUAACAAGGGAAGGACAGCAUGCUAGAUUAGAUAAUUUAACAACAAUGGAAGUUAAUAGCGUACGUCCUUUAUUGCCUCAUGCUUUAGAUCAAUCUCUACGAAUUCAACAGAAACCGAAGUAAACUUAAACUUCGUCAUGGAUAAAAACUAAUGUUUUAUUCUGAUAAUUAUUAUUUGAAUCAGUUAAUUGAUUAAUUAACUUAAUUAACUCGAUUUUAUUAAUUAAAAAAUUAAGAUUAAAUUAAAAUUGAAAUUUUGUACUUUUGACAUAUUGUUCUAGAUGAAUGUAUAUAAUAUAAAAAAAUUUAAUUAAGAAAUGAAUGUGCUUUAAAAUAAAAUAUGUUUGUAAUAAAUAAAUUCAUAUAAAUUAA